AUUGUUGGAAAUCUGCACGAGUCUCGGUAAAUCCUUGGAAGAGAGCAGGAUGCAGGUCGAUACGCAUCCAUCCGUUUCCCGACGCCCGUCGUCCUCCAUCCCCGUGAAGAAUUCCAACACCGUGUUCACGCCCGACUGCCUCGAACAGACUUCACCCUGAACGAUUUCCCGGCGUGUAACAUGGUCACAGCCGGUUCGUGUUGGAAUGGAAGUCAGUGAGCCAUCGGACGAGGACGUGGACCGAUCGAUAGGCAGGCUCACCACCACUUCCGGCAUCGAGCGCCUCUCACACUCGCUCAACUCGACCGUCCACGACACGUUACCCGUUCCAGGGGACAUUUAUCAACCGAUCAACGUCGUUUGGACGGCUAUCAAAGGCGUGGUGAUCAUCGGUAUCAUCGUGACCGCGCUCAUAGGGAACGCUUUGGUGAUCGCCAGCGUGAGAAGGCACCGGAAGCUGCGCGUGCCGACCAAUCGUUACGUGGUCAGCCUGGCCGCUGCCGACUUCCUCGUCGCGGUCUGCGCCAUGUCUUUCAACGCGUCCGUCGAGCUGACCGGCCGAUGGAUGUUCGGCAGGAUCAUGUGCGACGUGUGGUGCUCGUUGGACGUCUACUUCUCCACAGCCUCGAUCCUCCAUCUCUGCUGCAUCAGCGUGGACAGGUAUUACGCCAUCGUCAGGCCGUUGGAGUAUCCCGCCAUCAUGAAGAGGCUCACCGUCACCUGUAUGCUGGCCAGUGCAUGGCUGCUCCCCGCUUUCAUCAGUUUCAUUCCCAUUUUUAUGGGGUGGUACGCCACGGACGAGCAUCUCGACCAGUUGGACAAUGAUUCUCAGAUAUGCACGUUCGAGGUGAACCCACCGUACGCUGUGAUUAGUUCCUCGGUCUCCUUCUGGAUCCCCGGUCUCGUGAUGAUCGUCAUGUACUGCAAGAUUUACAAGGAGGCUGUUCGACAAAAAGAGGCGCUUAGCCGUGCCUCGAGCAAUACCGUCCUAAAUAGUGUUCACUUGCAUCGGGCGUCCACCUCGAGGCAUCAUUCCAGGGCGUCCCAUCAAUUGUUGCUGCAUCCGAGCGACGCGAGUGACUUUGGCAGACCUAUGUCGUAUAGAACCGCGGCCGAGUUAAACGUGGAGAACGGCACUUCGAUACGACAACAAACGAAGAGUUGGAGAGCCGAGCACAAAGCUGCGAGGACGCUCGGAAUAAUAAUGGGCGCAUUCCUUCUUUGUUGGCUGCCAUUUUUCCUUUGGUAUCUAACCACGUCCUUGUGCGGCGAGGCCUGCUACUGUCCAGACACGGUGGUGUCCGUCCUAUUCUGGAUAGGUUACUUCAACAGCGCCCUGAACCCGCUUAUCUACGCGUACUUCAACCGCGACUUCCGCGAGGCCUUUAAGGACACGCUGAAGAGCGCCCUCCCCUGUUGCGCCAGCUGUUGGAAAACACCCUCGCAAUUCGUCUAGCGAGAAAAGCCCCCGUGAAUAAUCGCGUCGAGCAAACUGUUUCUUGCGAUCCAUUGGGAAUAUCGGUAUCUGCUCGUAUUCGCCCGAUCAUUCGUCCAACUCGAUUUGGAAAAUAUCGUAAAAAUAAACCGUCGUUGCCUGUCGAGUUCGUUUGUUGCAAUUGGGAUUCGAUUCGAUUCUAUAAACGAAACACGGUGUAAUUAAGGAUGUAAUUAAGGAUAAUGGAGAAUCUUUUAUAACGUAUGGAGUUUUGUACGAUGGGGAGGAGAUUUGAGAUGUUAAAGAUUGUUAACACGUAUAACGAAAAAUAAGAUUCUGUUGUUGUCCCGUUAAAAUUCGUGCACGUAUGAAUUGACAAAUAAAAUCGAAUCUAAAUAUGUCCACUGCGAAUCCAAUAACGCGAAAAUUCAAUGCAAUUCGAUUAAAUUAUUCUCCAUCGAUAUUAUUAUAUUUCUUUAUUAGAUAAUACUUGAUAAUUGUCCAUCAUAGAUUGUUUUAUAUAUCUUAUUUUAUACAUGAUCAUAUGGCUAGAAAUCGAUUUUUAAAAUCAUAGCAUGGAUAUGAUUUCAAAUAAAUAAAUUAACAAAUAGAAUGUCUACCUAGAAGAAAAUCUUAUCGUCAAAGAAGGAAAUAAAGAAUAGCUUGAAAAAUUACCGAAUAUUCGCGAAAAUAUUCUAUAAUGUUAGUUUUAUGUUGGAUAUCUAUCUGAUUUCGUUAGGAAUUAUGUUUUAGAAGGAAGA